AUGGAGGUGCAGCAGGGAUCUCCAGACAGCAGCAGUGAAGAAUGCACUGUGGUAGAGGCUCUGCCAGGCAAGGGAACUGCACUGAUCUGCCCUCAGCACAAAGGAAAAGUUGCAGAGUUGUACUGCUCGGUGUGUGAGAAAGCUGUGUGUGAUGAUUGUGUUGCUGGAGAGCAUGCAAAUCAUCCCAAUGUACUACUUACACAUGCUGUGGAGGAACAGCGCAAGGCACUGCUCGAAAGAGUGGGAGCAGCCAAGAACAGGUUGCCUCAAAUAGCAGGUGCAGUGCAAUGUCUGAGGGACAUCUUGCAACAGCUGAGCAGUCAGAGGGUCUCUAUAGAUGAGGACAUUCACUCUUCCUUCAAUGAACUCCACAAGACCCUUGAUGUGAGGAAGAGUGUUUUGCUAAUGGAGCUUGAAGUUACCUAUGGACUAAAACAGAAGGUGCUGCAGGCCCAGCUGGAUACUUUGCUCCAGGAAGAACAGAGCAUCAGCAGUAGCUGCAGCUUGACAGAGGAGGCUCUAAGUGGGAACAAUACAGCUGCUGUCCUCCAGGUCCAUCAAGACAUGGGGGAAAAAUUAAGCCAGCUGGCAAGUCAGGGCCUUCCCCUCCAGCCAGAGGAGAAUGACCAGCUGGACCUCGUAAUGGAGACAGAGGGACUGCGAAAGUCCAUCCACAACCUGGGCACCAUUGUCACCACCAACGCUGUGGCCAGUCAGACAGAGGCCUCGGGUGAAGGAUUAGAGCAGUGCACCGUGGGGCAGCCGGCCUCUGUCACAAUAACAACCAGAGACAAGGCAGGCGGGCUAUGCAAGACUGGGAAUGCCAUCAUCUCAGCAGAGGUAUUCACGCCAGAUGGCAGCGUGGCAGAUGGUGAGAUCAUAGAUCAUAAGAACGGGACGUAUGAGUUCCUUUACACAGUACGGAAAGAGGGGGACUUUAGCCUUGCGCUCAGACUUUAUGAUCAGCAUAUCAAAGGCAGCCCCUUCAAACUGCGGGUGACUGGCUCCCCGGAUGACUCCCCGUCCACCACCUCUGCGGCCAACGCGGCCUCUACAGGCUCCAGCGAGGGAGGGGCACGAAAACGGAGUUCCAAGUCGCCAGGAAGCAGGACCCGUCAAAAGGGCGUGAGACGCACUGGGAGUUUGUUUAGCACCCCAAAAAAGAAAGUGAACCCCAUCGAGGAUGACCUCAUCUUCAGGAUUGGAACAAAGGGAAGAAACAAAGGGGAGUUCACUAAUCUGCAAGGAGUGGCAACAUCCACAGCAGGAAAGAUCCUGAUUGCAGAUAGUAAUAAUCAGUGUGUACAGAUCUUCUCAAAUGAGGGGGAAUUUCUGAGCCGGUUUGGCGUACGAGGGCGUUCCCCUGGGCAACUGCAGCGUCCCACUGGAGUGGCCGUCCAUCCGAACGGCGACAUCAUUAUUGCUGACUAUGACAACAAGUGGGUCAGCAUCUUCUCAAGUGACGGCAAAUACAAGGCCAAGCUGGGUUCUGGUCGCCUGAUGGGUCCAAAAGGUGUGUCAGUGGACCAGAAUGGUCAUGUUAUUGUAGUGGACAACAAAGCCUGCACCGUGCUCAUAUUCCAACCCAGUGGGAAACUUAUUACCAAGUUUGGCAGUCGGGGAAACGGGGACAAGCAGUUUGCAGGUCCGCAUUUUGCUGCAGUCAACAACAACAAUGAGAUCAUCAUCACAGACUUUCAUAAUCAUUCUGUUAAGGUGUUCAGUGCAGACGGGGAGUUCCUGCUUAAGUUUGGCUCAAAUGGUGAAGGAAACGGUCAGUUCAAUGCUCCCACUGGGGUCGCCGUGGAUGUUAACGGGAAUAUUGUUGUCGCUGACUGGGGAAACAGUCGGAUACAGGUGUUUGAUGGCAGCGGUUCUUUUCUCUCCUACAUCAACACGUCUGCAGAUCCUCUGUAUGGUCCGCAGGGUCUUGCCCUGACCUCUGACGGACACGUCGUGGUGGCUGACUCUGGGAACCACUGCUUCAAGGUCUAUCGGUAUUUACAGUGA